AUGGCCACACAGCUCACAAGAGAACUCCAGCCAGACUGCUGUAGUAUCGUUGAGUGGGCGCUGUCUGGUCAGUACGACCCGACGAAGCCAGUACUGAUAGAUGCUUGCGAGUCUGACCCACCACGGUCUAUAUCCAAGAACAAGGCUAUUGAGCUUAUUGCUUCUCUCACUGGUAUAUUCGAGAAGAACACAACCGUGUGCCUCCACCUCGCAAACGACAUCCUUUACCCGGUCUUAGUGCUUGCUAUCUACGGCUCAUCAUGCCGCUGGACAGGUACAAACACUGCAUAUACUAUCCCUGAGCUGGAGCAUCACAUUCGAGUUUCUGACACCAAGUAUGUGAUUACUAAAGAGGACCAUCUUGAAACUGUGCGCGCCGCUGCAGGCUCGGCAGAAAUUAUUAUCUUCACUGAUAUCUUGUUCGAAAGGCGUGGUGGAAGUAGCGCCUCACCUCAGGAGUUUCGAACUCUGCACGAUCUCCAAAGAAAGUCAAAUGUAGAGAGCCUGUAUGCUACAAUCCGCGAUAUUGACCUCCAAUCGGUCUCUACUCUCGCAUCGACGUCAGGUACUACUGGUCGACCGAAGAUGGCCGCACGCACACAACAGGCUAUGGUGCUUGAGAGUGCCGCGAUAGAAGAACAUCCCAAACCUUACCAAGUGCGGCGCCUUUAUUGCACUCCCAUAUUCCACGGCCUUUCGGCACCAGAGAUGAUCAUCAAUGCUCUUCGACUCGGCGUUCCAUCGUAUUUCAUGAAACGCUAUGACGAUGUCCUAUAUCCUCAAAAGAUCCAGGAGUUCGAUAUUACAGAGACUUUCGCGCCGCCACCAAUGAUGGUCAGGCUUAUAAACAACACGCCUGAAGCGCAAAAGCAGCUCCAGUCACUUCGCACAGUCUAUACCGGUGGGGCAGCGCUUGUACCAGAGUUGAGAGCCAAAUUUCUCAAGCUUUUUGAUCAGUCCAACGCUCCGCUAGUCACUCAAGUCUGGGGCAUGAUGGAGUGCGGCUGGAUGACAACUUUCAAGUAUCCUGAGAACGAUGGCACUUCCUCUAUUGGUCGCUUAUUGCCUGGUUGUAGGAUCGAGUUGAGCACAGCUCGCCAUACAUUGCCAAACGGCCAGGAGGCCGGCGAAAUGUAUGCCCACAGCCCCUAUGGCAUGUCGUGCUACUGGCAUAACGAGGAAGCGACCAAACGAGCGUUCCAAGAUAAAGAUCACUACUGGCUGAAAACAGGAGACAUUGGCUAUGUGAAGGAUGGGAAAGUGUACGUGGUGGACCGCGAGAAAGACAUAUUCAAAGUCAAUGGCUUCCAGGUAGCUCCUCCAGAGCUCGAGGAUGCAUUUAUGGCAUUGUCUGACGUGAGGGAUGCUGGAGUUAUCGGUUCCGGUCACAAUCAAGGCUCCGGAGAGCAUCCAAUAGCGUUUGUCGUACGUGCCAACACAUCCGUCACCGCCGAGGAGCUGAAGCAGCAACUUUGUCACCGCCUUACCCGCUAUAAAGUCAAUUCAUGCGAUAUUCGGUUCAUUGACGCUAUUCCGAAGAGUGUGACGGGGAAGAUUCUAAAGAAUGAGUUGCGCAAGCUCGCUGCAUCAUAA